UACAAUUUUGCAAUGUUAAUGGGCAAAAAUUUGGGUGUUUUCAUGAGUGGGAGGUAUAACUCAUCUUGAUUAAGUUCUUAACUUAAAACAGGAAGUUUAAAACAGGAAACAAUCAACCGACUUGCAACGGGGUCGUAUGGCUUCUUUUGGCAAAACAGAAUUACGUAAAGGCAACAGCUUUGCCUACUUCCUAUGCUCCGGAGGUUCAAAACAAAGCGACCAUGACCGCUGUUGUUGUCCGCCGCCUCGCUGCUCUCUCCGGGGCUUCGGCAGUGGCACUCGGGGCAUAUGGGGCGCAUGGUUUUAAACACAGUGACCCUGAUGAUUACCAAAGAGUGCUAUUUGAAACAGCUAACAAGUACCAUUUCUACCACAGCCUGGCCCUGCUGGGUGCUGCUCACUCCAGCAAACCUGCAGUUGCCGGCACUCUUCUGAUCGCCGGGAUGGGGAUGUUCUGCGGAUCGCUCUACCACCAGGCCAUGACGGGAGACCCCGGCCUUCGUAAGGUGGCCCCCAUGGGAGGCAUGGCGAUGAUUGUGGGCUGGCUGGCGCUCAUUCUCUGACCUGCUGGAUGUGUGUGUGUUUAUAAUGUAAUAAAGCAUGUAUAGACUUUGAUGUUUGGAAUAAAAAUAUGACUUACAUGGAACAAUUUAA